AUGGCUGACUCUGACUCUCCCACUUACCCGAAACUUCCUCGCAACACAGUCAACCGCUAUGGAAAGCCACGAGGAAAAUAUGACUACGAAACCAUUCAUAAGAUCGUGAACAGCGUUCAAGUCCUCCAUGUCUCCUUCCCAGCACCAAACUCAGACCCUUUCCCAGCCAUGAUCCCCAUGCUCGGCUUCAUGGCCUCAUUCACAGACCCAAAUGCCUCUCUCACUGAGCCCCUGGAUCUCUAUCUCCACGGCUACAUCUCUUCUCGUCUCAUGAAGCUGGGAAACACUUCCCUCUCAGACGAAGAAGGACUUCCCCUCACAAUCGCAGCAACUCAUCUCGAUGGACUUGUCCUUGCCUUGACUCCCAAUCAUCACAGUUAUAACUACCGUUCCGCAAUUAUGCACGGAUAUGCUACUCCCGUAACAGAUGCAGACGAGAAGAUGUGGGCCAUGGAAAAAAUCACCAAUGGAGUCAUCGACAACCGUUGGGAAAAUUCUCGGAUUCCACCUACGAAGACAGAGAUGACCAGCACACAGAUCUUGAAAGUUCGAGUUGUGGAUGCUAGUGCGAAGGUUAGGACGGGUAAUCCUGGAGAUGACAGAGCAGAUCUGAAGAAUGAGGAGCUCAGGUCGAAGGUUUGGAUUGGAGUGGUGCCUACCUAUUUGAAAUAUGGGGAGCCGAUCCCUGGUGCAGAGAAUAGGGUUGCGAAGGUUUGUAGAUUCGUGCACGGGUUGAAAAGUGUGCUGAUUUGUGCAACAGGUUCCUGA